AUGGCCAUGGCCAAAAAGGCCCGUCAAAGAAUCAGCUAUGGUAAGCCCGCCCUCCGCAACCACGUCUCGUGCUCUCCGCACCCAACGCGCACACUCUCGUCCUACCUCUCCUCGCUGCGCAAGAGCAGUCCCUGGUCUCGUCUUCCCAUAUUUCUCUCGUCGCUAACCAACUGGGCAGUUCUGGAAAAUGGCAAGUCUUCGGCCGGCGGACAUCGACUCGGCGUCAACGGGCUGGCUGUAGACUCCACCAAUGGCAUACUCUAUUCUGGUGGCCGAGACGGCAUCGUCUGCGCCUGGGACCUCAACCUGUCGACCGAGCCCUCCCCAACCACUGCUUCCACGUUUCGCGCCCAGACGCAGGCGCACAUGCACUGGAUCAACGAUAUUGCUCUUGCGCAGAACAACACGGUGGUUGUGUCCGGAUCCUCCGAUCUUUCGGUCAAGGUGUGGCGUCCACAUUCGGAAGAGAACAGCACUGCGCACACCAUUGGCGAGCACGCCGACUACGUCAAGUGUGUCGUUGCCUCCACCACCGACACCACCUCAAAUACCAUUGUUGCUGCAGGCUUAGACCGCAAGAUCUGCUGGUGGGAUCUCAACGGCAAGGGAAAGUCGUUGGAAAUCGACGUCAAGGGCGAGGAAAUCCCGGAAAAGGGGUCCGUCUAUUCCCUUGCGCUUGGCCGCAGCAUCGUCGCCAGUGGCGGACCGGAAAAGACGAUUCGCCUUCACGACCCGCGCUCAGGUGCCGAGGUUUCCAAGCUCAUGGGACACCUUGGAAAUAUUCGCUCCCUUCUCAUUGACGACGCCGACGACACCAUCCUCAGUGCUAGUGCAGACAAAACAAUCAAGCUCUGGAGCGUCCGCGGUGGGCGUUGCAUGUACACGUUUAACAUGCACGAUGAGAGUGUUUGGUCCCUCUUUUCAAACGACCCACGCCUUGGCAUCUUUUACAGCUCCGAUCGCAAUGGUAUGGUGGCCAAGACCGACAUCCGCGGCAGCUUCGACGAGGUCGACAAUGGAUUGAGCUUGGCUCUCGCCCAAGAGCAUAUCGGCGUGUCUAAGCUUGUGGCCGCCCAUGGUCACUUUUGGACAGCAACCAACAGGUCAUCCAUCAACCGCUGGAGCGAUUUUGACGUAGAGCAGGAGAUGGAUUUGCCACAGGACCACCGACACCGACGAGCUGUUUCCGCCAUGUCAAGCAAAGCACGUCAAACAUCACCUUCCACCACCGACGGCCCCAAAAAGGAAAUAAACCCGCAGUCAAUCCUCAAAUUAUCAAAUAUGGGCAUGUACCUGCCCAGGUCAAACACGGACGGAGAGGCUAUCAACGAUGGUCCUUCGCGAAGACCCUCAAUCAUUCCGGCAACAGAGCCUGAGCCAGAGAUUAAAACCAUCUUCAACACACCUGAAGAGACUAUUGAAGGUCAAUUUGGUCUCUUGAAGCACAAACUUCUCAACGACAGGAAACGGGUGCUGACCUUGGACACGGCCGGCGACGUGCUACUCUGGGAUCUGAUACAGUGCAAACCUGUCCAAAGCUUUGGGAAGCAACAUUUGGAGGAUGUCGCAGACGUGCUAAACACAAGAGCGGCCGUUGCUCCUUGGUGCUCGGUCGACCUUAGCUCGGGUAAUCUUACAGUGAUUUUAGAGCCAUACAACUGCUUCGACGCAGAAGUCUACGGCGAUGAGCUGGAGCUCGAGGAUAAGAUUGAGUUCCGGGAAGAUCAGAGAAUUAGUCUCGGACGAUGGAUCCUGCGCUAUCUGUUUGCCAACCUCGUUGACGAGGAAAUCAAACGAGAUGAGGCCUAUCGCCAUAAGAUUAAUGAGGAGGUGGAAAAGAGAAUUGCCGCCGCUGUGUCCAGUGCACCAGCCCUGUCUCCUGGGCUAGCUUCACUUGCAGUGAUGGAUGAUCCGGCUACUCCUCGCGCUGAUGGUUUACAGCCUGCCAUGACACCUGGCAUUGGCAUAGUUGGCACGCCUGCCGUAGCUGUCGAAUCGAGCAGCACUUCGCAGGCCGGCCGGCCCUCUGCUGACAAAGGCGACUACUUUACUGCUGGUAUUUCUCCUGUUGAAAACCCGGCUGCUGUCAAAACCCCAGUCCCGACCCCGGCCCCGGCCCCGGCCUCCGCCCCCGAAGCUGCCGAAGGCAAGACUUCAAGCGACAAUACCGAGAAGCUGAAAGAGAAGGAAAAGCCAACAGAAGGUGCCAAGUCGCCCAGCACGCCGUUUGGCAAAAAGUUCCGCAUGUCUUUUAGCACCAAGAAACUGGGACGCUCGGGCUCGCAGGCCACCCAAGAGAAACCUGUCGUCGUGGAUGAAAAGGCUGUCGAAUCAGAAACCUCUUCUAGCCACGAAAAGGAAGUCGACGACAGCUUCUAUGGCAUUAUUCAAAAGAUUCGCAACGAAUAUGACAGACAGCUCACUGAGUCGCCAGACAAGCUGGUCGAGACGCGCGUCACCCCAAGUCUACCUGCCGAUACACCAGUGCUAAAAUUGCCGCCUGGCACCAAGGUCAUCAUUCAGGAGGAGACUUCAGGCGGAAGCUCCAACGUGUACCAGGGCACUGUCGAGAGCGUCGGCCGCGACGCCGACAUUAUCGAGCAAAAGGCUCCCAUGUGGCUCGGCGACCUUCUUCUACAAAACCAGGUUCCCUUCAAGGAACCCGUUAAGAUUUCCUUUGUACUACACCCGCUAGAUGGUCUGCCGAUCAUUGCGACCGAUGGCAGCAGCCGCCUUAAUGCCAACAGGAUGUUGCGCGUCAAGAAGAUCCUGGGUUAUGUGGCCGAGCGCAUUGAGCCGGCGCCCGGCGCCGAUGAGGACGCAGACUCUCAGAUGGAGCCCGAGGAGUACCUCGAGCUGUACUGUAACGAGCAGCUCUUGGAGCCAACGCUGACCCUGGCCACUCUGCGCACGCAUAUCUGGAAGGGCGGCAACGACGUCGUCCUUUACUACAAAACCAACGGACGCAGGAAGCUGCGCCCAAUGCCCGUGCCCGAGCCCGAGCAGCAGCCCGAGCCGCAGCAGGCGCCAGAAGAAAUACCAGCAAGCCCCGCGACUGCCGUCGCGGCGUGA